CUUGUUUAGACGCGUGCAUCUAGGCAGAAAGUUUUGGUACGUGCGCGUCUCGCCGGGAAGCGGUGAUCGUCGGAAAGUUUUGGUACGGCGACAACAGAGGAUGACGACGAUCAUCUAUGAGGAUUUCGUGGUAGAUCGGCAGCAGGAAUUUAUCUAUAGCAGUUUACGGGAUUGGGCGCAUGGCCUGGUGCCUUGGGGUGAAGAAGCCGAGCAGCGCCGAGAAGAAGAGCAGCGGCGCAGAGAAGAGCAGCGCCGAGAAGAUGAGCAGCGCAGAGAAGAAGAGCGCCGCAGAGAAGAACUGCAGCAGAGCCAUCACGAGGAGGAGGUGGAUCCAUUCAAUUUGGAGGACACAACCUUGGCGGCGGCCGGCUCAAGGCUGCAGGCAGAGUGCGCCAUCUGCCUCAAGGACUUCGAGGCGGAGGACAUGGUCAGCACGAUACCGUGCAAACACUGCUUCCAUCAGGGCUGCAUCUCGCAGUGGCUCCGGGUCAGCUGCGUGUGCCCCCUCUGCCGCCGCGCGGUAUGACGUCCACCGUCGACGGAGAUGGAGGCGACCAGCCCAUGACGAAUCAUCUCUA